AGAGAGAGAGAGAAAGCGGGUGCCCUUGGUUCGCAAAGAGUUUCUGCUCUGCCAAGGAUGCGCAACUCGGAUUUGUGAGCACCUCUAAAUCAGACAGACAGACAGAACGUGGCAGAAGAUUCCUUCUGAUUCCUUCUGAUCUCUUGGAGGCUUCCUGAGAGCACAGAUGGAUCAGCAAGACUCAACUGGUCCUGAAGCGGGAAGAGACCGUGAUAUGCAAACUGGGAGAAGUGGGGGAUUCUGGGGAAACACCAUGCAAAGGAUCCUGGGUGAGGAGGACACUCUCUGCUCCGAUGUGCAGAGCCAGCCGGUCAGGCAGUUCUGCUACCAGGAGAGCGAAGGACCCCGAGAGGUUUGCAGCCGACUCUACUACCUGGCCCAUCAAUGGCUGAAGCCAGAAAGGCACACGAAAGCUGAGAUGCUGGACCUGGUGAUCUUGGAGCAGUUCCUGGCUGUCCUUCCUCCGGAGAUGGAGAGCUGGGUGAGGGAAUGUGGAGCGGAGACCAGUUCCCAGGCGGUGGCCCUGGCCGAAGGUUUCCUCCUGAGUCAGGCAGAGGAGAGAGAGGAGGCAGAGCAGCAGAUAAAGAAUCUGUUAGCAGAAAUGGACCUGGAUUCCUGUGAGGCAGAGAAGACUCCGAUGGACACCAGAGAGAAGCCACUGGGUGACAGGAUGAUGCCAGCAAGACCUCCUCCUCAUCCGUCUUUUCAUGGUGGAGAAGGGGAAGCAGCGGCUAUGGAAGCAGAUCAGGGUCCGGUGUGCUUUGAUGAUGUCACCGUUCGUUUCACAGACGAGGAAUGGGCGUUGCUGGAUCCUGACCAGAGAGCUCUGCAUAAGGAGGUCAUGGAGGGAAAUUAUGGGAUCCUGGACUCUCUAGGUAAUGAUGAAUUAGAAAUGAAGAACGAAGGAGAAAUCCACACAGAGAAGCCUUAUCGAUAUUUGGAGUGUGAAGAGAGCUCCAGUCAGAGCUCCAAUUUCACUUCUCAUCAAAUAAAUCCCAUUGGGAAGAAACCCUAUCAGUGCUUGGAAUGUGGAACGUGUUUCAGUCAGAGGGCCCAUCUCACUUCCCAUCAUCGAAUUCACACAGGAGAGAAACCGUAUCAGUGCUUAGAAUGUGGAAAGAGCUUCACUCGGAACGAAAGUCUCACUUGCCAUCAGAGAAGUCAUACAGGUGAGAAACCCUUUCAGUGUUUGGAAUGUGGGAAGAGCUUCACUCGGAAGGAAAGUCUCACUUCUCAUAAGAGAAUGCACAGUGGGGAAAAACCUUACCAGUGCUUGGAAUGUGGAAAGAGCUUCCACGCAGGCACAAACUUCCGUCAACAUCAGAGAAUCCACUGUGGGGAGAAACCAUUUCAAUGCCAAGUGUGUGGAAAGAGCUUCAUUAGGAAAAAGAUCUCUCCUCCCAUCAAUAAUUCAUACAGGUGAGAAAUCCUAUCAUUGCUUGGAGUGCGGAAGGAGCUUCACCUGGAAGAAAAGUUUCGUUUCCCAUCAAAGAAUUCAUACUGGGGAGAAACCACACAAGUGCUUUGGAUUGUGGAAAGAGCUACAGUAAGAGGGCU